AUGUCUUUUUCUUCUCUUUCAUCUUCACAUAAAAAGUUUCUUUUAUCUCUAUAUUCUGACAUUGAGCCAAAGUCUUUUAAGGACGCCAAUCAACACUCUAAUUGGCGUAGUGCUAUGAAAGAUGAGUUGGAUGCUCUUGAGCUGAACAAAACUUGGCGUCUUAUUGAUUGCCCUGCAGGGGUUAAGCCAGUUGGCUGUAAAUGGGUUUAUCACAUCAAACGUAAGCUUGAUGGUUCAGUUGAUCGAUAUAAAGCACGCCUUAUGGCUAAAGAGUUCACUCAAACUGAAGGUGUUGAUUUCUUGAAAACUUUCUCCCCUGUUGUCAAGUCCGCCACCAUCAGAUUAGUUUUGCCAUUGGCCUCUAUGAAACAUUGGCCCAUACAUCAGUUGGAUGUCAAUAAUGCUUUCUUACAUGGGAUCUUUCUGAGGACGUUUAUAUGA